CUCGCCACUUUCUUUUCAGUUGGCAAGUUUUCUUCUUCUUCUUUUUUUCUUUUGGCUCUGUCCUCACAGUUUGUGCUGUCUUUCUCUCUCUCACUCUCACUCUCUCUCUUUCACUCUUUAUUUUGUAUGUAAAUUAGUGGCAGCAGUGUUAAGAUAGGUUGACGUUCAAAGAUAGGAGGAAGAUUCAGAGGGACUGAGGAAGGGGAUCACUUUGGUCUAUGAUCAAGUCUGUCAGCCAGAAAUUGUAAAUACAGAGCCAUGUCCACUCCGGUCUCCCCAUCCCCCUCCCUCUCCCCCCUGGCCCUCAGUGCCUCCUCUCCCUCCCCGUCCCCAUCCCCCUCAGCCUCCCCCCUGCCCUCCCCUCUCUCCCCGCCCCCCCGCGUGCCUGUCUUCCAGCGGAGGGGAGCCCUGAAACACAAGCACAUCAUCGAGGUGAAGGACCACCAGUUCACUGCACGCUUCUUCAAGCAGCCCACCUUCUGCAGUCACUGCACCGACUUCAUCUGGGGUAUUGGAAAGCAGGGCUUCCAGUGUCAAGUAUGCAGUUUUGUGGUUCACAAGCGAUGUCACGAGUUUGUCACCUUUACCUGUCCUGGAGCUAUGACUGGCCCGAAACCAGAGGACCUGAAGAGCAAGCACAAGUUUAAGAUCCACACCUACUCCAGUCCCACCUUCUGUGACCACUGUGGCUCCCUGCUCUAUGGCCUCAUCCACCAGGGCAUGAAAUGCUCCAGCUGUGAGAUGAACGUUCAUAAGCGCUGUGAAGCCAGUGUUCCCAGCCUGUGCGGCCAUGACCACACGGAGAAGAGAGGGAGGAUCCACCUGACCAUCAGAGGAGAGAGAGAGGACAUCCACAUCACAGUGCGAGAGGCUCGGAACCUGAUCCCCAUGGACCCCAACGGUCUCUCCGACCCCUAUGUGAAGCUGAAGCUGAUCCCGGACCCUAAGAGCCAGAGCAAGCAGAAGACCCGCACCAUCCGCUCCACCCUCAACCCCGUGUGGAACGAGAGCUUCACCUUCUCGGUGCGCGGUCGGCAGUGGGACCGUCGUCUGUCGGUGGAGGUGUGGGACUGGGACCGCACUUCCCGGAAUGACUUCAUGGGGGCGCUGUCCUUCGGGGUGAGCGAGAUCUUCCGCCGCUCCGUCUGCGGCUGGUUUAAACUGCUCAACCAGGACGAGGGCGAGUACUACAACAUCCCCGUCCCCGACCAGGAUUUACAGGAGACGCUCCCCGCUGCGCCGCCUUCCUUGCCACCCCCACUAACCCUCCCCACCCCGAUGGCCACGCCCGUGCUCUCCUGCCCCUCCGUGCUCCUGCCGGGGAAGACCCAGCCGGCUCUGCAGGACUUCAGCUUCCUGAUGGUGCUGGGCAAAGGCAGCUUCGGGAAGGUUCUGCUGGCGGAGGAGAGGAGCAGUGAGAAGCUGUUUGCAGUGAAGGUGUUGAAGAAGGACGUUCUCUUCCAGGACGAGGACACAGAGAGCGCCAUGGUGGAGCGGAGGGUGCUGGGGCUGAACGGGCGCCCGCACUUCCUCACCUCCCUGUACUGCGCCUUCCAGACUGAGGACCGUCUGUAUUAUGUGAUGGAGUACGUUAACGGAGGAGACCUGAUGUUUCACAUUCAGGUGGUGGGGAAAUUCAAAGAGCCACAUGCUGCGUUUUAUGGCGCUGAGAUUGCUGUCGGCCUCUUCUUCCUCCACGGCAAAGGGAUUAUAUACAGAGACCUGAAGCUGGACAAUGUGCUUUUGGACAGCGAAGGCCACAUCAAGAUUGCGGAUUUUGGGAUGUGCAGGGAGGGGAUGCUGGAGGACGAGACCACGCGCACCUUCUGCGGGACCCCCGACUACAUCGCCCCCGAGAUUGUGGCCUACCAGCCCUAUGGAAAAGCAGUGGACUGGUGGUCUUAUGGAGUCCUCCUGUAUGAAAUGCUGGCUGGACAGCCUCCGUUUGACGGAGUGGAUGAGGAGGAGCUGUUUCAGUCCAUAAUGGAGCACAGCGUCUCCUACCCGAAGAGCCUCUCCCGUGAAGCCGUGUCCGUCUGCAAAGGGUUCAUGACCAAACACCCAGGGAAGCGUCUCGGAAGUGGAGAGGAGGCAGAGAGAGAGAUUCGGGACCAUCCCUUCUACCGCUGGAUCGACUGGGAGAGGCUGGAGAGACUGGAGAUCCAACCUCCAUUCAAGCCCAGGACUGGAGGAAAGAAAGGGGAGAAUUUUGACAAGUUCUUCACGAGUGCCCCGUCGGUCCUGACGCCCUCUGACCCCGAUGUCCUGGCGGAAAUUGACCAAGAUGACUUCCAGGGCUUUUCCUUCAUAAACCCAGACUUCCAUCCUUCCCCGCUCUCUGUGGUCUGAGGGCGGACAGGAAGGCUGUGUGCUGGACUAACACUAACACUGAGUGAGAAUGCGCUCAACACAUACCGUAGAUACUCAUCACUCAAAUGGGCUACAAGGGUUUCUGUCAGUGACCAGAUAAAAUAGAGGGGUCAAUAUUAAAUGUUAUUUAAUCAAAUUGUACAACAGGUAGGUAUUUUUGAAUUUACCAUAUAUUUCGGAGGUGUCUGAUGACUUCACGACAAGCUCCUAAAUUGCUGUCAGCAUAAACAGGGAAGUUACACAGCUGGUGCACAAUUUUCGAAAAGCAGUUUGAUGAAAAAAAAAAUGAAGUGAGACAAAUCCAAACCUACUUUUCUAAGUAAACAAAUGAAUGAUAAUUUUUUUCAUUUGGCUGUAAAAGUCCAGUGAAGCACUGAUGAUUUCUGAUGAUGUCAUGAAAACAUCAUGCCAUUUAAAAAGAAUUAUGUAAGCAUAGAACAUAUAAUUAUAAUAGUACUAGUCUAGUAUAAUUUAAAUAUGUGACUUGGAAGACCAUGUCAUAGUUUUGAAGGUCACAGUUGUGACGAUAAUUUUACGGAAAAAAGAAAACGUAUCCAUGUGCAUGCUGCCUUGUCCCCUGCAACACACUGCCCCUAUAUUAAAACAGACCUGUCACUCAACCUUCAUGCACAGGACAACUGCUACUGAAAACAACAUUUCCUUUGGACAAAACUAACCAAUGACCAUCCAUCGGUUUCUCCAUUAUUGUAUUAACAAAAUGUCUGCUACAAUUAUGCACUGCUGACCACUACUGUAUCUGUUAUCUUGGUUAUGUCUUGAGACAUGCAUAACUAAUGUAUUUAUACAUUUUUCGUAUGACUAAUCAUACUGUUCACGCUGUCUGGAAGAUUUCAUGCUGGCCUAGUACUUUGACCCAGGUUCGAGCUGAAGUGACAAUGUGUGAGAGUGGGGCUCUCUGAAAGAAGUCACUGCUCACUCCAGCAAACUUGACCAGACUCAGCUGCAGCUGUUUGAACGACACAGGUUGUCCCUGGCUAAGGGAGGCAAAAUAGAUCAUCUUGUCGCAUGUUUACCACCAUGACAAAAUACGAUAUACAAUGACAAUGCUCACCAGAACAGUGGUAGAAUAUGAACAUAAUAAAGAUAAUUAUGUUUAUUCUGCACGGGCAACGUGCAGCUCAAGUGUCACAUUACAGCCAGUAGAUAUGCACAGCGCAAUUGGUCCUCCAUUUUGCUUUGUGGUCAUGUUCUUGGAAAAACAAGAAUGUGUGGGUGGAAGGAUUAUAAAAAGACAGCAAAGAUAUGUGCCAAAUUGGAGUUUCAGUUUCAUGUUGAUCUGUGCUUCCUACAAACGUGCACUUACACCAACAAUCAACGACUGAUGAGACCACAGGUGUCUUUGAAGUGAAAGCUCUGGGUUAGCCGGCCAAUCCUGUGUUAUCAUGGUACCAAAGCCUAAACAGUUAUCCGCUUGCAUCAUUUUUUUCAGGCCCAGUCACACACAUUUCUCCUUGUGCUCACAGCAUAUGCUUAUUAAGGGUGGUAAGUAGCAGUUACAAUACAGCCAGAGACAAAUGUAUUUUUAUCAGGAAGGAAGCAAACAUGUUGUCAGGAACUUCUUAAAUGGAGAGCCCCUAAACGGUAACACCCUGCUAUCUUCUUUCAGUGUGUGCCCUGCGAGUGGAGUCAGAUUCAUGAACUGCUAUGUGAACACCUCGUGCUCAACACCUUGUUGAAACCUCACUUCAAUGUAGGCCAAGGUCAAAGUGCCAGGAUGCAAGGAAUCUGUGACAUCAGUAGUUACUUUGUUAAAUUAUACUGAGCGACAGACAAACAAAAAGAUAGAUAGAUAGAUAGAUAAUCUGACAUACAUAGUUGAAUGACUGCCAUCGGAAAUAUAAUUAAAUGAUUUAAGGGAAACAUGUAUUGAGUUAUUGUGUUUAUUUGUUUGGUAAUGUUUUGUUGUGUGCCUCGGCAUUGAAAGCAUUAAUAAAUCAAAUAAUUCCUUAGA